CAGAAGGAAAAGCCUGCUGUUGACCCCCCCUCCCACCCACCCACCCCACGGACUGAGCAGACUGCGUGAAAGCGCCCUGGAGGAGCUCGGCAUGGCUUCGCGCGGCGCGUCGCUCCUGAGAACGUGCCUUAUGUUGUUGUUGUUGGCAGUCCUUCCGUCUGUAUCCGGGUGCAAUGGGGGCCUCUACGAGAGGAUGAUCAACACCCACUGCUUGGCAAAGUUCAAAGGGGACAUGGCAGGGCUGGACCGAGGCCUGUGGUGCAGCUGGCCGGACACCAGCGAGAUCUAUGAGGUGCUGACAAAAUGCACUUACCACGUAGCCUUAGAGAUGGACUGCUUCUGGCCCAAUCAGAUCGUCGACCGCUUCUUCAUGCAGAUUCACCGCGACUACUUCCGCGACUGCGCUCUGACCGGAAGGCUCCUCCACGAACCGCCGACCAGCGUCCUCGCCCCGUUCAUCGCCGUCCCGGUGCUGGUCACCCUGCUCAUGACCGCCCUGGUGGUGUGGAGGAGUAAACACACUCAGGGGGUUUUGUAGGGACUCUGCCUCAAGGCUUAACAAUACACAAGGGCGAAACCAUGCAUUCUUUGGUGGGGGGGGGGGGGGGUCGUAUGUCCCCCCCAUUUACAGCAGAAAAUAUGUAGAGACACACAAGCUGCAAGCUGCUCGGAGCGGACCGCGACAUGGAGCUAUCCGGCAAGACGAAGGGUCGAGGAAUCUGCUUCUACUCCAACAUCAACUGGUGCAACGACUUAACACUGAUCCUACAACACUGUUCUUCUGAUCUGGAAACUUUCAUUAACUGUAACUUUCACUUUCAUUAACCCUUUUACUCCCCCCUUGUGAGUUCGCUUUAUUCAUCCUGGUCGGUGUUUACCUGCCGCCGCCGGGCAACAUGCAGGAGACACAGCGGACACUCGCCAGCCAGAUACGCCAUGUGGAGCGGACCAACGCAGACUCCUUGGUUAUUGUCCUCAGGGACAUUAACAAAGGAAAUCUUAGCCUUCCUGAACUUCUUAAGUACAAGCAGUUUAUUAAAUGCCCAACCAGAACACGCUAGAUCACAUCUGCACCACACCAGCCCAAUACCCGCUUUAAAAAAGAAAUGAUGGGGAAGGGCAUUCAUUUGGACCCCCCCAAAUGUCUAAAUCAUGGUUACGCCCUGGACAAUAUGUGGGUCUCCUGAGGGGCAAUGAUGGACUAUGUGGUAAAAGCUGUUUUUUGCAUCAUCUAUUUGAUUUAUUGAUAAUUAAAUAAUUUCCUGUUAUUAUGAAUACAUCUUUAAGAACUGCAGACAUAUGAUUGUGUGUUAUAGAUGCACUCGUUGGCAGUAUCUGAGUUUGUGAAAAGUAAUAAAAAUGUGUUUGGGAUUCAGGGGAAUUGUAGCCCACCAAUGUUGAUUACCAUCUGUUGUCAUGGCCCCAAACAAUCUAUGAGCAUAUUAUUAACUGAAGAGAGAAGGACACUCAGGGAGACUCCAACAACUUGGACGAUUGUUAAACUUUUGCAUAUAGAAAAGGAGCAGGAAACGGAGGAGAGAAAGAAAGAGCAGGGUUUGAACCAAUAGGUUAAGCAUAGGUGACUGGAAAAUUUUGUUUAUUUAAAUGUAGGUUCACGACACAGUUGUAAAUAUCUAAUUUAAAAGGUGCCCUAACCCGGGCAGUGAGAGCUAGCAUUGCCCCCUAACCCACACAUGUGCAAUUUGUAGCUUGAAAACGUAUUAUAAUUCAUACAUGUCAACAAAUCUAAGUUACGUGUAACAUCUCAUGCAUAUAUAUAAAAAUAUACAUGUCUAGCUACUGCAGUUUAAUCUCCGCAAAAAACAAUGUUACCAGAGCACGGCUAAUGCCGGUGGGGACAACGACCCCCUCGUCUGUCCGAAGCAAGCGAACCAUCACAACCGUUCUACACAGUCUUGGUCAUUACCUUACUCGAUGACUUGCACUGAUUGGAGUCAGCCUGGGUUGCUGUUGAAUUAAAUGAAAUGCAUCCGUUAGGAAGGAAGGAUUGCUAAUAGGGUUGGGUAUCGUUUGAAUUUGAACGAUUCCGAUUCCUUGUUUCGAUUCGGGUUCCCGGCGAUUCUCGAUUCCGAUUCUUUUAAGAGGCAGGGUCAAAAAAGUUUAAGUUAAAGAUAUUAGCUAGCUAACCAAGGGUCUUUCUGAAGGAAAUAGUCUGACCUUCUCCAUCAAUGUUAAUUCUAUGAACUUUAUAUUAACUUUACUAUGAAUUUCUAACAGGGCUGUUUUCAACUACAAUAUAAAUAUCAAACUAUGAACUUGAAUAUUGUAUUAACAUUAUAAAUUAUGAAUAUAUUUUAACAGGGGUACACGUUCCUCCAGAGAGCUUUAUUUUUGAAACCUCACAAAAACACAUUUACACAUCCCAGUGAACAUUUUUUUGUUGAAAAGACGUUGAAUAAACGUCUAUGCCCGACGUUGAAAAGACGUUGCAAAAUGGUUUAAAAGUGAAAGUUGUUUCAACGCCUAUUCGUAGACGUUGAAAAGACGUCUAUAUUUAGACCGCAUAUCAACGUAAUUUUUAAUACGGUAAAAUGUCGUCCUCUACUUUGUGCUAUAGCAUUAUUUUAUAGGUGUAAAAAGAAAUGACGUCCACAUUUGUGCGUAUACCACCGAUAUUAAAAAUCACAAUGAAAACUGGUCUAAACAUAGACGUCGGGCCAUAGACGUCUUUUAAACGUCUUUUCAACGGCAUAAUUGCUCGCUGGAAAAGUACAAGUUACACACAAUCAGCGGUUGACAGUUAAUCAUGUCAACAGCCCUUAACAAAGGACAACACAAUUUGAUUAAUUUGUA